GCCAGAGACUGUGCUGGUUUUUGGAAAGUUUGAAUCGCGGAACAGAUUAGGUCCUCGUGUUGUUGCAACAAUAUUUGAUUUGGAAGUUCUGGAGCCUGCCGGUCUCGGGGAGAAGCUAUUCUCACGCUAAGGAACAGCCAGCGUGGUUUCUUUGAAUUACCGACCGUCUCCAAGUGUCCGGGAUACCCCAGCUCGUUCUCCGCCAACCCGCUUACGAAAUUGUCCAUCCCUUGUUACAGUACCGGUCGCUUGGACGGAGCGGAGGCUCCCACUGUCCGCUCCACGCUUCGAGGGCCGCUGCCAGGAGAGGUGGGAGAGACGGAAGCCCGGAAGAGUUUGUGUGUGGGGUGGCGGGCCGCACAGCAGAGCCUGUGACCGGAGAGCAGGUGGAGCCCGCCGACUGCGGAACCUCGAGGUGGCUGGCAGUCCCGCUGAUGGAAAGCAGGCAAGCUCGGAACCUGUGUUGGUGAAGUGGGAGUGCCUGGCGUCGUUACUGACGGGGGUGAGUUUCACAGUCGCCUGCCCUGUCCCGCAUCGUGAACAGCCCGGGCAUUGAGCUGCAGAUAUGGACAGUGUUUUCCGUCAGGGCUCGCGCACGCCGCUGCUCACUGCACCAUGCAGGGGAAGGAGGAGCAGCCCUGGGACAAUGUCAUCUACAUCGUGAUGGAACUGCUGAUCGCCGUGCUGGCCGUGCUGGGCAACGUGCUCGUCUGCUGGGCUGUCUACCUGAACAGCAACCUGCAGAACAUCACCAACUUCUUUGUGGUCUCCCUGGCUGUGGCAGACAUUGCCGUGGGUGUCCUGGCCAUCCCCUUCGCCAUCACCAUCAGCACCGGCUUCUGCUCCCUGUUCUACGGUUGCCUCUUCAUCGCCUGCUUCGUGGUGGUGCUGACGCAAAGCUCCAUCUUCAGCUUGCUGGCCAUCGCCAUUGACCGUUACAUCUGCAUCAAGAUCCCACUCAGGUACAAUAGCCUGGUGACAGGCUCACGUGCGAGGGGUGUCAUCUGCAUCUGCUGGGUUCUGUCCUUCCUCAUUGGGCUGACCCCAAUCUUCGGCUGGAAUAAAUCUGGUCACAACAUGUCAGUGGCAGUGAACAGGACUCUGCCAUGCAGAGAUGGUUUGGUCUCCUGCUUGUUUGAGGAGGUGGUCACCAUGGACUACAUGGUCUAUUACAACUUCUUCGCCUGUGUCCUGCUUCCCUUGAUUCUAAUGCUGGGCAUCUACCUGAGGAUCUUCAUGGCUGCCCGGCACCAGCUCAAGCAGAUGGACUUCAGCAGUCUGCAAACGGAAAGAAGCAGGUCCACGCUGCGGAAGGAGGUGCAGGCGGCCAAGUCGCUGGCCAUCAUAGUGGGCCUCUUUGCAGCCUGCUGGCUGCCUCUGCACAUCAUCAACUGCGUAAACUUCUUCUGCGAGGAUUGCAGGCCUCCUGACAGCAUCCUGUACUUUGCCAUCAUCCUCUCCCACGCCAACUCUGUGGUCAACCCCUUAAUCUACGCCUACAGAAUCAGAGAAUUUCGACAGACCUUCCGGAAGAUCCUGAAAAGGCACAUACUGAGGAAAACAGAUCAGACGUUCACAAGACAGAACACAAGGAGCUCCAUUCACAUUGGUGGGGACAAUGUAAAUCUUCACGUCAAUGGAUGUGGCCUGGACCUCCUCACCAAUGCACGUGUCGAGGGAGCAGGUGUGGCAGAUAAAGACACUUUCCAACAUCAGCACCUUCUGGGUCACCGGCCAAAUGAGACCAGCCCAGGGGGCUCAAAGUGUGAGUGGGUUCUUGGCCAAGGACAACACUUGCCGGAGGAACGGGAUUUGAACUUACACACGGCCUUUCCACACCAGGCCUCCUGACGGCAUCCAAACAAGGCUUCAGUUUGUCCACAGAGCAAGGGAUGAGAUUGCAAGGUGUAGAGGGUGGUUCUCAGGCUGAGGUGUGCAGGCAUUAAGUCCUUGGUGUGAGGAGAUAGAGGAGCUGAGGAAAGGUGACCUGUAUUGGUUCAGUAAUGAACAUCCCUCAUACUCUCACCUGGAGAGAAGGUGCUGUCUGUUCUCAGACUUUGGGUUGGGCUGUGAUUUGUUAACUGUUUAUCCACUGCUGGGGCUGUGAUGUGUCAAAGGUACAUACUGGUUUUGGUGUGAGAAUUACAUAUAUGGACCGGGCUGGGACCACACACACUUCCCUUGGUGGACCUGGCCAUUCACACGGUGGCUACUGGAAGACCACCCACCUGAGGUCACUCAUGUUGCAUGGUGGGUGAUUUACCCAUCCUUUAGCACAGUAAUCAGUCCCCAGAUCUCUGCUGCAUCCUUCCUGGGGGAUCUGAUAAGACAGCCUUCUUCACACACAAGAACUGAACCCUGUAACUUAUUCUCAUCAACUUUAUUUAAAAUUACUGAGGUUCAGUGUACUCUAAUUCCAAGAUGGAGAGCUGAUCCUAACUUCUCCAGCAUGUAUAUCCCAAUACUGCACUUCUGAGACAAGAAUGGAUCUGAAACAUAGAACAGUACAGGCCUUUCGGCCCACAAUGUUACGCCGACCCUUUAACUACUCCAAUCAAUCUAACCUUUCCCUUCUUCAUAGCCCUCCAUUUUUCUUUCAUCCCUGUUCCUAUCUAAGAGUUUCUUAAUUGUCCCUAAUGUAUUUGCCUCUGCCACCACUCUCGGUGUAAAAAAUGACCCCUUACACCCCCCCUCUACUUUUCUCCAGUCAUCAAAUUAUGCCCCCUUGUAUCAGCCAUUCCCCCGCCCUCAGGAGUAAGUCUCCAGCUAUUCACUCUACGUUUCUUAUCAUCCUGUACAUCUCUUAUCAAAUCUCCUCUCAUUUUCCUUCUCUCGAAACAGUAAAACCCUAGCUCACUCAAUAUAUCCUCACAAGACAUGUUCACUAAUCCAGCGGUACUCUGGUAAAUCUCCUCUGCACCCUCUCUAAAGCUUCCUUGUCCUUCUCAUAUUGUGGGAACUAGGACUGAACAAAUACUCCCAAGUGUGGUUUAACCAGCGUUUAUAGAACUGCAGUAUUACCUUCCGGCUCUUGAACUCAAUCCCCCCUCCAACCAUAAGCCUUCUUAACUACCCUAUCAAUUUACAUGGUAACUUUGAGGGAAUUAUGGAUGUGAACCCCAUAUCCCUCUAUUCCUCCACAUUGUUAAGAAUUCUGCCAUUAAACCUGUAUUUUGCUUUUAAAUUCGACCUUCCAAAGUGAAUCACUUUACAGAUUUCUGGAUUGAAUUCCGUCUACCUUUUCUCAGCCCAGCUUUGCAUCCUAUCAAUGCUCUGUUGUAAGCUACACCAUCUACAAUUCUGACAAUCUUCAUUGGCAGUGAUGGAGAUGCUGUGUCAGGUGUGUACAGGUGGUGCUACUGGUCCACUGUGCUCACGGCUGUCCGGUUUUCAUCUGAGGGGACUGGUCAUGGUGUAGCCACACAACACAAUGGAGACCAGUGUGAAGACAGCAUCUUUGACCUCAAUCAUAGAGUGAUACAGCACAGAAACACCCUUCUGCCGACCUGGUCCAUGCUGACCAAGAAUGUGAGCGGGAUUGGGUUGAUGUUGCUGCUGACGAUAGAUGCCUCUGUGAAGGGUGGAUUGGUGAGAUUGAGGUUGUGGGCUUACCCCUGGUGUUGGGUCACUCACUAGCUGUCACAGACCCAGUCUAGCCACUCUGUCCUUCUGGUCUCAGCUAGCUCGGUCUGUUGUACUGCUAUCAAACUAGCCUAGGUGAUGGACGUUGAAGACUCCACCCAGAGUACGUUCUGUGUCCGUGAAGGAGAGGCACUGAUUUCUCAGCUGAUGGAGGAUGAUAGCUGGUAACAACAGGUCACCCCUGCUUGACCCAGUGUCCCAAGACUUAAUGGGAUCCAUAACUGAUGUUGAAGCUACAUCAGGCCACUCUCUACCACUACUGGGACAGAUAGGAGCAGUACUGAUCCAGGCCAGACUACCCCCGCCCAGCUCUAACACUGGCCAAGACUCAAACCUCGUACAUCCCUCCCCUGAAUCUACCUCCUCAUCUCCCGACCUGCUCAGCACACUGAAUUCCCAGCUCCCCCUCCCAUUGCCAUUGCACUCCCUUAUCCCCUGACCCCCUGCUCUUCCUUUUUUUGUGGAGGCAGAGUGUUCUCCCGAGUGCAGGGGUUGGGAGAGGAAAGACUUUGCAUCCUUCCACCAGUGGCAACCAGCCUGGGGAUUGAGUGACUCCAACCCAGACUCUGGAGCUACCACAGCAGCAAGACAUUCCUGGCUCCCCCAUCCCACUCCGGAUCUGGUCCAGACCAGAACUGUUCCAAGCCCCUCGCCUGGUCUCUGUUCCAAUCACUGUCUGUUGACAACAUCAUCACUGUAAAUGUUGCAGCCUCCUUGAACCCCCCCCUCCCCCACGGGCGCCGAAUCUGCUCCCCUCCCAUUCGAUUCCUAAUACCCCCAUUGGGUCAACUGCCCUGGUGUUGAUCCCUUUCCCACCAGCUUGGUCCCACUUCAACCCUCCCUGUUCAAACCACUCCCACCUAUGGUCUGUCCCCCAUCUGUAGUGUCGAUCCACCUCCCCCAUCAGUCCCAAACCCACCCAUCAGACCCAGUCUCCCUGUCGUUGGGCACGUGGCCAAGUGGUUAAGGCAUUCGUCUAGUGAUCUGAAGGUGGCUAGUUCGAGCCUCAGCUGUGGCAGUGUGUUUGUGUCCUUGAGCAAGGCACUUAACCACACAUUGCUCUAGUGUCUGUGUGAGGAGUGGCGUCCCACACAGACUUCCAAUCUGCGCCUUGUAAGGCAUGAAAAUGCCCAGCGCAGGCCUCUGAUGGUCUGAGUCGACGUCCCCCCCCACCCCCCGUCAGUCCCACUUGUCUGUUCCAAUCCCACUCCUCCCACUCUCUCUGUUGGUCCUACUUCCCCCUUGCCUGUCCCAAUCCCUCCUCCCACUGCCCCUGUAGUCCCACCCCAUCUGCCCCGAGCCUGCGCUAAGACGGCUCAGGCAGUCCCCAGGUGAUGUGGGGGUGGGCUUCAGUGAGUGGGGGCCCAGACUGCAGAUUCCAGAGCCUAGGGAAUCUGCCGAACGUGGGUGCAGCAGAUACCAACAUGACUGGGGAAUGCGAGAACAUGGAUAUGGGGGUGGGGGUGUUGGUUAGGGGAAGGACAAGGCAGUGAACAAGAGGGAACGGAGCAGGGGAACGGGUUGGGGG